UCCGCCCGCAGGCACGCGCUAUGUCGUGGCUCGCGCGCUCCAUCGCGGCCACCCUCUCCGCACCGCGCGGGGAGCCCGACUCCGACGCCGACGAGCCGGAGCCUGAGCCCGCCUCCGCCGUGAGCGGGGCGGGCCCGGGGGAGGAGGUGUCCUCGCCGCGCGGCCGCGGCACUAACCAGGACCCCGGCGCCGAGGAGCCCGAGCAGCAGCCCGGCACGCCGAGCCGCCGCGUUAAGGACGACAUCUCCGAGCUCACCGAGACCCUCACCCGCCGCCUCUGGGGCGUCGCAUCGUUCCUCGCGCCGCCGCCGGAGUCCUCGACCACGCGCGCCGGCGCCGCGUCUCAUGGGGAGGGCGAAGAGGAUGAGGAGGUUGGGGACGGGGGUGCGGACGGGGAGGAGGCCGAGGCGCUGUCCCCGCGGAUCGCGGGGAUCCGGAGCGAUCUGGCGGAAAUCGGCGGGAGGGUGAGGAGCGGCUUCUCGAUGCUGCAGAACAACUUGGCCGUGGCCGAGAUCUCCAAGAUCGCCUCGUCGAUCCUGCCGUUCGGGCAGGGGGACGCCGACGAGGGGGAGCCGGUUCCGGGCGUCACCGAGGAAGUGGUGGUGUUCGUUAGGCAUAUCUCAACGCGGCCCGAGACAUGGCUCGAUUUCCCCCUCUUCAUCAGCGAGCGCUAUGCCGAUGAUUUUGAACUGUCGGAUGCUCAAUAUGUGCAUGCGCUGUCUAUAGAGCACCUUGUCCCAGGUUUAUCAGAUUUAAAGAUUCAGAUUUGCUCUACUGAUAUGACUGAAGCGUGUUUUUGGAAGAUCUACUUUGUUCUUUUGCACACAAAACUCAACAAGCAAGAUGCUGAACUUCUUUCAACGCCACAGAUCCUAGAAGCAAGGGAGCAAUUGUUGCAAACUUUACAGGCUCAAAAUAAGCGGGGAUCCAAGUUUUCUGGUGAAUCAUCAGAGAAUAUGAAUGCAUCCACUGCUCCUGCUGAAGAGAAGGUGAUUCAACCUUCAAGCAUCCAAGAUAAAGCUGAGACAUCAGAGAUUUCAUCAUUUGAAGAACCCACUUCCGAUAUCACGCCAGAAAUUGAGUCUGAAAAAUUCCCGAUUUCAACAACUGGCGUGGAAAUAGUUGACAAGUCAGUGAUUGAGGAAGAGUUGGCAGUGAAAAACGAGAGCAAGACUUCACCCGUCCCGUCCAAGCUUCGGUUUGAAACUGACGAAGAUGAAGUUGAUGAGUGGCCUGAUGAUGAUCCUUUUGAAGAGUUCGGUGCAGCAAAUAACAGAACUUCAUUAGGGCAUGAGGAAGACGUGUCCUUCAGCGAUCUGGAAGACGACGAGGACGAUGAUGCGAAUAAAAGGGAUGGGCAAUAGCCAAGUGGACAGGUUAGCUCAAAAUCUGGUCCUGUUGCACAAUCAUCUCUGAUCCGACACUCCCGCAACCACAUGCUGGCUUCAAGGGAGUAGGGCCGAGAUCACAUCCAAGGAUCAAUGCUUUGUUACUAUUAUUAGAGACCGGAAUUAAUGAAUCCAAGGAGUAGCUCAGUCUUGGAUACCCUAGAUGCGGAAUCUUAAUGAUAAGCAAGUCUUUGCAGCUCGUGUUAGUGUUAUGGCGAGCACUGCAUCUGUAUUAUUAACCUCGUCCUGUACAUAGAGAGCUCUCUAUGGGCCUUCUGUAGUGUAAACCUACCACCCUGUCUAUCUGAACUUCAUGGCCCCUGAGCAAUAAUUGAGAUCUGAAUCUUUGAUCUCGAGGUUUGGUAA